AUGAAAAACUUAUUUUGUUGUUCACAAAGUCGCAAAAUUCAAUGGAGAAUCACGAGAGCUAGAAGUGCUUUGGAAAGAAGAGCAGUGGUAGUUGCAUACUAAACUCAUGAUUUGAUAGGAACACAUUAGAGAAAUAUUAUUUUAGCCUAACAUUUAAUGUUUAAGGUGGCUCCUAUAAUUUAAUGUUAAACGUUAAAAUUAAUGAACGCUUUGGCUUCAGAUUACUAUGGUAGAAUUUAUUUGACUUCAAAUUCUUUUCUAAUAAAACUAUUAAUUGAAUUUGUAAAAAAAGAUUAGACUGAUUCAAUUAAAAGAAAGAAUGCAAUUGGAACUUUACAGAAAUUAUCAUUACAUAAAUAAAGCUAGAUUUGGAUGCUUGAUAACAAUAUCAUCUAUGUGGCAUUAACCAUAUUAUAAAGAGAAAAGUUUAUACUGAGUGAAUACACUUAUGAAUAUAUAACAGCAUUGAUUAUGAAUUUAUCAUUAAGCUCAAGGGGUCGCGAUGCAUUAUCCAUGAAUAAAAAAUUAGCAUUUGAAGUCCUUUUUGAAUUAAUAGAAUAUCCCAAUGAUUAAAUUCGAAUCUUUAUAAAUGGGACACUUUAUUCAAUGUUCAGCAACAUAGAACUUAGAGAUUACGCAAAUUAAUUAAAUAUCCCUCAAAAAUUAACAAAGUUAUUACCUGUCAUCGAAGAAAAGUUCAAGAAAUAAAUAUAAUACAUGAUUGAGAAAUUAGAAAGCAAUGAAGAUGAUAAUGAUCAAUCAUAAAUGGAAGAUGAUAAUGAUUUAGAUGAUUUGGAAGAUGAGGAAGAAUGUCUAGUUGAUGAUGAUGAUGAAGAUGAGUUAGACAAUAAUGAUAUGGUUGUUGGAGAGGAAUUAUUAAUGAACGAAUUUGCUUUAGAGAAUGAAUAAGCAGAAUAACAAAGACUUUUGAUGGAGUCCAGUAUGUAAAGGGAAUUGUAAUAGAGAACCAUCUAUUAAGAGCAAAUGAGGGAUUCUCAAAUUGAAAAAAUGCCAGUGAGAUGUAAAGAUUAUUUCUUAUCAUUCAAUUUAGAAGGUCCAUUUAUUGUUGAUAGUCUAGCACAGUUUAAUGAUAAUCAAAAGCACAUGUAACUAUAAACCUAGGCAUUCGUAUCUAGACCAAAAGUACCUAGAACUCCUCCCAUUUAGUAAUACAAUUAUCAACAUUGA